UAAAUAAAGCACUUCGUGCUUGUUUAUUAUUGACCUAAAUAAACAACAGUCUAUUCCUUGAUAUAUCUUGCGCUUUACUACAGGUUGUUUGUUACCAGCCAUAUUCUGACUCCAACCUAAAUUAAAUUCUACACAUCAUCUACUGAGACACGAAGCACAGCUUUUAUUCCUUGAUAUCAACAACAAAGACUUCCUGUUACUCUGGCUCAAAUUAUCCUUCCCACACUCUGCUAUUGUUCAUCUGCUGAAUCUACCACUCCAAACUCCUCCAAGCAAUCACUGUUUGACCUUCUCUCAUCCUGCAUCAAGAACAUCUACCUCACUUCAGCCAAUUCUGAAAUUGUCAGCAAAAUGGUCACUAGUGACCCCUGGGGGUAUUUGUGGCUAUCCAAGGGGUCAAUAAACACUUGAAACAAUUUUAUGUAAUAAGGAUGUUGAAUUAUUAGCAAACUGAAUUUGGAAGAGUGAGCUUUGACCUACAAUGGAGCACCACGUAAUAAAACAUAAAAGGACGACAUCUGAAAGAAUAGAAAAAUUUAUUUCACCUAUUUACUUCACUGAUGUCAACCUAUAUGGAAGGCUCUACCCUAAAACAGCAUCUGUGGAUGAUCUGGCACACUUCGCAGCCCCUGGACGAAUUCCUGUGGAUGUUGCCAUGGCUGCUGACUAUAAACCAGUCAAAGUCGGUCAAAGCUUUGGACCAAUCUGGUCUACUCAUUGGUUUCGUCUAACUAUUGUCAUUCCUGAUUCUUUUAUUAAUGAGGCAGUCUACUUAUUAUGGAACUCGGAGUCUGAAGCCAUGGUCUGGCACAAUGGGCAGCCAAUACAGGGUCUCAGUGGAAUACGCGACCGGAUUGAGUAUUUACUCACUGACAAGGCUACAAAAGACAACCUUGAAUAUGUCUUGUAUAUAGAGAUGGCAUGCAACACUCUUUUUGGUGUUGGAAAUGGUAUGAUUAGUCCCCCUGAUGAAAAUCGUAAAUUCAAUUUAAACAAAGUGGAAAUUGCCACUCGUAACCAACUUGUAUACCAUCUUCUUCGAGAUUUUGACAUUCUCUAUGGAAUGGCAAAGCAUUUUCCUGAGACAAGUGAAAGAGGGUAUCAGGCUCUUUAUGCUGCAAAUGAUAUGAUUAACACUUGCCUAGAACAUACACCGGAAGUGUAUAACAGUGCCAUAAAGAUAUCAGAGAAGUUCUUUAGUGAAAGAAAUGGUGAUGCCUGCCAUACGAUACAUGCUAUUGGACACUGUCACAUUGAUACGGCAUGGCUUUGGCCCUAUGCUGAAACCAUUCGGAAGUGUGCUCGCAGUUGGUCAAGCACAUUAAGCCUCAUGGAAAAAUUCCCCAAUUUCAAAUUUGUUUGUUCUCAGGCUCAACAGUUUGACUGGGUAAAACAACAUUAUCCUUCCCUCUAUACAAAAAUUAAAGCUGCUGUGAAGAGUGGACGUUUUAUUCCUGUUGGUGGUACAUGGGUAGAAAUGGAUUGCAACAUCCCUAGUGGUGAGUCUCUUAUUAGACAAUUCCUUUAUGGACAGCUGUUUUUCAAAAGUGAAUUUGAUUUGUUUUGCUCUGAAUUAUGGAUCCCUGACACAUUCGGAUAUUCUGUGCAACUUCCUCAAAUAAUGAAGCAUUGUGGUAUAAACAAGUUUGUUACCCAAAAGAUCAGUUGGAAUCUUGUAAAUAAAUUUCCUCACCAUACCUUCUGGUGGGAAGGUCUAGAUGGCACCACUGUACUAACUCACUUCCCUCCUGGAGAUUCAUAUGAAAUGACUGGAACAGUUGAGGAGGUGAUGAAAACAGUGACAAAUUAUCAAGAUAAAGGUCGAAUGUCUCACACCAUGUAUCUGUUUGGUCAUGGAGAUGGGGGAAAUGGACCAGAUGAGAAUAUGCUGGAGAGACUGAAUCGAUUAGAAGACAUUAGUGGAAUGCCAAAGGUGUGUAUGAGUUCACCGAAAGAAUUUUUUGCUGCAGUUUGCAAUGAAGACACUUCUAUGUUGUGUAAAUGGAAAGGAGAACUUUAUCUUGAGCUUCAUAAUGGAACCUAUACAACACAUGGAAAGUAUAAAAUGUAUAAUCGACAGAGUGAAUUCUUACUUUACAACGCGGAACUUCUCAGCACUACAGCAAUGUUAAUUUCAUUUGAUUUUGUCUAUCCUCAAGAAGAACUUGUGCGUCUUUGGCAAUUGUUACUUUUGAACCAAUUCCAUGAUGUCAUACCUGGCACUUCUAUCAAUAUGGUUUACAAGGACUCUGAGAAACACUACAAAGAUAUUCAAGCCAGUGGGAAGGCACUUAUUGAUGCUGCCAUACAUUGUACUCAAGAUAAUGUCAAAUCCAAAACUCCCUUAGUAGUCAAUACUUUGAUGUGGAAAAGAGAUGAAGUUUCAACACUGCCUCAACAAUAUCAUACUGAUGAGUGUCAAAUUGACCAUGAAGGAAACAAAUUAGUUCUAUAUUCAUCCCAUGACCUAUACCAUACGAACAUAAUUCAAGCUCGUAAUUGCAAAUCAAAGGCUUAUGAGGAUGGUGAAUACAUUUUCAUGGAAAAUGAGGUGCUUUCUGUCAAAUUGGACUUCUGUGGCAGGAUAACUAAUUUGAAAGUGAAUAGCACUGGAAAGGAAUUUAUUCUUCACAAAGGUCUUGGAAACCAGUUUGUUAUCUUUGAUGAUGUUCCACUCUACUGGGAUGCUUGGGAUGUUAUGGAUUAUCAUCUUGAGACAAGAAAAAUCAUUAAAGAUGUUGACAAGAAAGCAACUAUUAUUGAAUCUGGCCCAAUCCGGUCAACAGUGAAGGUUCACUUGAGAAUUAGUAAUUCCAGUUAUAUUAUUCAACAUAUCAUCUUGGAUUCUAACUGCCCCUUCAUCAAAUUUAAAACUGAGGUAGAAUGGAAUGAAUCCCACAAGUUCUUAAAGGUAGAAUUUCCAUUUAAUUUGACAACAGCAAGAGCCACCUAUGAGACCCAGUAUGGUUUUCUAGAAAGACCCACUCAUAUGAACACCUCUUGGGAUUCUGCUCGUUUUGAGGUGUGUGGUCAUAAGUGGGCUGACCUUUCCGAAUAUGGUUAUGGUGUUGCUGUCCUUAAUAAUGGAAAAUAUGGCUACUCAGCCUUUGAUAAUGUGCUGCGUCUUUCACUGCUACGCUCUUCAAAAUCACCUGAUCCUGAAGCAGAUAUGUUAAACCAUGAAUUUACAUAUGCUAUGAUGCCACAUAAAGGAAGUUUUCAGGAAAGUGGUGUGAUCAGACAGGCAUACAAUCUUAACUGUCCAUUGAUAGUUACACAACAUGCAACUCAAAUAAACAGGAAUUUCUUGACAUUGGACACAGAUCAGGUUGUCAUUUCUGCAAUAAAGAAGUCAGAACAUUCGGACAAAGUAGUUUUAUUACGGCUUUAUGAGAGUUUUGGGGGAUAUGCUAGGUGUAAGGUUUCAACAGGAGAUUUUAAACUGAAAAAAGUUGAAAGGUAAGCUUUUUAAAUUUUUUU